AUGUACGGGGGUGGGGGGGGGGGGUGGGUGUGGGGGUGGGGGGUGGUCGGUGUGGGGCGGAGCGGGGGGAGGGGGGGGGGCGGCGGGGGGGGUCGGGGGGUGUGGGGAUGGGGGGGGGGAGGGGUGGUAGGGGGGGGGUGGGGGGGGUGGGUUGUAGGGGGUGUUGAGGGGGUGUGGGUUGCGUGGAGUGGUGGGGUGGGUGUGGCGGGGGUGGCUGGGGGGCGGAUGGGUGGCGUAACGAUCGGGGUGACAGGGGAUGGGGGGUUGGUAUGGGGGUUGGGGGGGGUUUGUGAUGGGUGGUGGUGGUGUGUGUGGGGCGGUGGCGGGGUGGGUUGCCGCGUGGGGGGUGGUGGGUUGGGGAUAGGGGGGUGGCGGGGGGGGGGGGCGGGGUGGGGGUUGGGGGUGCAUAGCGGUCGGGUGGAUGUGAUGCGUGGGAGGUGGUGGGGGUGGAUGGGGGGGGGGGGGGCCAGGCGUCGCGUUUGGGUUGCUUGGGGUGGUUGUGGUUGGGGGUGGUGGGGUGGGGGGGGGUUGGGGUGGGGAGGGUGUGAUGAGGUGGUUUGGGGGGGGGGUGGUGGGUGGGGGGGGGGGGUGGGGGGUGUCGUUUGUGGGGUGGUUUGUGUGGUGUGGGGGGGGGGGGGGGGGUUAAUGUGGGGUGUGGAGGGGGGGGGGGGUUGUGGGGGUGUGGUUGUCUGGGAUGGGUGUGGGUGGGGGGGGAGUGGGGGUGGGGGGGGCGCUGGGGGUGGGGGUGGGUGGGUGUGGAGAGUGGUGGUGAAGGGGGUGGGGGUUGGGGGGGGUGGGGGGGGGUGUUGGGAGGGGUGGUGGGGGGGUGGUGGGUGGGCGUGGGGUGGUGUUGUGGGGGGGGGUGAGUGCGGGAGGGUGGGGUGGGGGUGUCUUGGGGUGGGGGGGUGGAAGGGUGGAGGGGGGCGGGGGGGGGGGGGGGGUGGAGCGUGGGGUGGAGGGCUUGGUGUUGGGGGGGGGUGGGGGUGGGGGCGGUGCUCGCCAGUGGGCGGUUUGGGGAGUGGGUGUGGGGGGGGUGGUUGGGUGUGCAUGGUGGUGGGGAGGGCGGGGUGUGUUCGGUGGGUGGUGCGUGGGGGGGGGGCGGGGGGGGGUGUGGGGGUGGGGGGGGUGUGGGGGGGGUGGGGGGGUGGGGGUGGGGGGUAUGGAUUGGGAUGGGGAGGGUUCGGGGGAUGGUGUUGUGGAGCGAUGUGGGGGAGGGAUUGGGGGGGUUGGGUGAGUGGAGGGGGGUCGGGGGCGUGGGGGGUGGGGGGGGUGGGGGGGUUGGGAUGGGGGGGAGGUAGUGGUGGGUGGUGUUGGGUGGAGGGGGGGUGA